ACUCCGACAGGGACACUCGUUUCUUUGCACACUUAUCGAAUUAGGAAAAUAAAGGACGGCUUUUCUGUCAAGGCCACGGAUAUGAGAGAGUCAUGAGAGAUGCUUAAGAUAAACUACCGAUGGACGUUCGGGUUACGUGCAACGGCUCCAGCAUUGAAUGUGUGUGUGCAGGUCAGUUAGCACUCAUUAUCAUCCCCAGUCUUCUGGUCUUCAGCACACUGACCAUCAUAUCUCGGAUAAUAUGGAGCUUCUUGAAAAACAAAUCGUCAAUUCUGAGCUCCUCUGCAGUCUCUUCUGAUCAAAACGGUCCUAAAGCUGGACACAGUGCUCUGAGCUCAUGGGAAAUGCCUGCUCAGUGCAUUCUGGAGGAGGUGGAGUUCCUGAAAAAUGGCCGCUAUGGGGCUACCUGCAUGGGCCAGCUGAAACGAGAUGGAGUUGUCACUGCUGUGAUAAUUAAAAUGUUCAAAGGAAGUUCAAACAGUCGCGAUGCAAAAGUGUUCACGGAGUUGGCCCUGUUCUACUCAGCAGUUUGCAAACACGACAAUCUGGUGCGAAUGCUGCACUGCCAGACACGACGCUCUCCGAUGUACUUGGUUUUUGAGAAGAGCACUCCUGGAAACCUGCUGCAUUUCUUAUGGAGCCUUCGACAGGGUGGACAUGGGACGUGCCAUCAAGAACAGCCUUUUUCAGAGAGAUCUGUGUAUUUAGUGGCCAAGCAGGUGGCAACCGGUCUGGACUACCUGCUGUCGGAGCACAGGAUUGUGCACGGAAACGUCACAGCACGAAGCAUGCUGAUCGGCCCCACGCUCCUGGUGAAAGUGUCCGGAUUGGCCGUGGCUUUCCAGUCGAGGCAGACAGAAACAGAGACGGAGACGGUGGGAAGAGAAGGGACGACUGGAGCGCCUCUAAAGUGGCAGGCACCAGAGAGACUUCUCAGACUUCCCGUUACAGCCAGGAGUGAUGUGUGGUCCUUCGGAGUCUUCCUCUAUGAGUUGAUAACCUUAGGUGCUCCUCCGUUUCCUGAACUGGAACCAUCUGAGACGUUUCUCCAAACUUUGGCCAAUUAUAAGCUAAAAAGACCUCCAAACUGUGGAGGGGCACUGUUUGACCUCGUGAAAUACUGCUGCAUGUGGAAUUUUAAGGAUCGCCCAGCCUAUUCUGCUAUCAUCAAACUGCUGGAGUCGUACAUCCACCUGGCUGAUACUAAACCCCUCAGUGUAACAGAACACAUAGAUAUUGCUGAAUACAGAAGGAAGGCGGGACUUGCACCUUAAGCAUCAGUGCGCGCACAAGGAUGUGUAUUAAGAGCAUGCAGCUUAAGUCCAAAUGUAAUCCCAGUGUUGAUGUUAUUUAAGUGUAGCUAUUCAGACACCGGUUACGCAGCUGCUCGAAUCAAUUUUCUGUAAAAGCAUCUUAGACCAGGGUACUAUAAUCAUAUUACUACCUUUAAACACCAGUGUUUGCAUUAAGAGCUGAUAACAUCAUGUGACUGGAGAGCAAAGUGUAUAAUUUAACAUUCAGUCCUGUGCAAAUCUCCAGAGUGACUGCUCAUUUAUUCAUAUUUUCCCUCCGCAGAGACAGACUUUCUUGUAUUUUUAAUGUAGUCUUGAGGAAUAGUUCUCCAGGCUUCCUGAACGACUUUUUUGCCUCUCAUUUUCAGUCCAGUCCCUGUACCUGACCAGUUUCAGAGAAAUGUUUUUGGUUUGUUAAAACACAGUGAAUCAUGAACCAGUGAGAAACACGCACAGAUGACGCCAGAUGAUCAGGCCGAUGAUUAGGAUACUGGUGAUGCUGAUGCUGAGUGGUUGGAACAGACGAGAGGGGGAACAAGGUUGCUGCUAAUGUUGUUACAUAAACAACCCAUUUUUAAAAUGUAUCUUUAGGCAUUUUGCAAACUGUCACAGUUAACAUUAGUCCCAAU